ACAUAGCAACACUAGUGGCGGCGUUAACGACGGGGUGAGGAUUUACCGACUGUGGCUUAGGCAGUUCUGGCGUAAUUUAAAAGAGACUUUUAAACGCCACAUUUUUUGUGUGUGUGUUCCUGAGAUUAAAACUUGCUUUAUUAAAAAGCAUGACGUCGAUAGAAACAGGAGGUGGUCCCACUUUAGAACAAAGAAGGGCUUUCGCAGGCUUGAAAGAUGGAGCUGAAAUUCCAGGAUACAGAGGAUAUAUUCCACAAAUAAAAUACAGAGUUGGCGGAACUUAUGGAGAUGAAACAGCUGCUCUAAGUAAGGAGUAUGGUAUGAAGAAGCCCACUGCUCGUCUGGAUCCAUGUGGCUAUGAAGGUACCUGUAACCGAUUGCCUGUCACUAAUGGGGACACGAAAUUUACAGAGAAAAUGGUUCCAGGAUAUACAGGCUAUGUUCCUAGACUGAUGUUCAGGUUCGGCGGAACCUACCGCCACGACUGCGACCUCAGCAUUGAUAACUUCAUCACCAACCGCGACAGUUACGCCGCCAAGCAAGAGGAAGUGCUGCGCCACACCAACGCCAACCCAAAGUUGACGCCCAUCUCCCACGACCCUUUGGUCCGGGAUAAAUUAAAUAGCUACAGGGACUCGCACCCUAACGAAGCCACCACCAUGCCUGACAAGCGCCCACUUAGGGAGCCACCCAUACCUGGAUACCAGGGGUUUGUGCCCCGCGUCUACCCCACAGAGGUGGGGCUGGGUCAGCGGUAUCAUCGUGCUGCUGAUAGUGGCCUUGACCUCUUCACCAGGGAACAACUGCAUCACAAGAUAACCAACUCUUCCAGCCCUGUCAAACAAAUUACACUGGACAGCCAACCUGUUGAUUUCAGCACGUCCACUUCCAGGCCAGGUGUUGACUACAGUACCCGUGUCUAUGUCCGAGAUGGCAUGAUACCUAAGUACACAGGAUAUAUUCCACAGAGACGCUAUGUAUUCGGCAACACGUAUGGAGAUGAAACCAGAUCACUGGACGUGUGCGCCCACCCAGCACCUAACUAUGGAAUGUUUGUACGAUCAAAAACUUUCGCUUGAAAAACAAAAAACCAUCAUAGUUAAUCUACUCAGAAACAGUACAGAGUGUUGUCUAUGUUGUCUAGGUUUUUUUUUUUUGUGUGUGAUAAAUUUACUGUGCACACCAAUUAUAGGUUAGAAACAAUAAGAACAAAACAACAACAACGUGUAAGCCCUGUUUUCUAUUUGGCCUUAUUAAUGUACUUAGCAUCUUUCUGCUCAUGCUUACCAAUAUAGGACUAACAAUUAAGGCCAAAAGUUACAACCUUUGCCUCUGUAAACCUAAAUUAUUAAAGUCGACUUUUUAAAAUGAUAUAUGUAUUCUUGAAGUCAUAUCGUUUUCAUGUAACAGAGAAAUGUUUGUAAUAUUUCUAGAAGUGCUUUCUUAAUUGUCAUGAGCCGUAUUAUUUAAAAGAAAAGUAGAUUUGUUUUUUUUUACACCUAGAGAAUUGUUUUUCAUUGUAGUGUACGAAGUGAAUAGUAAGUUUGUAUUCUAAAGUUAUAUCUAAUAGCAACAACUUGCCAGUUAUCUUUUCCUUACCAAGUUGUGUUGUCAACUCUCAGUGUUGGAAGUAACUUAAAGACUUGUGUUUUGAUAUUGCUUUGAUAAUAAACAUGUACUUUAUAAAUAUAAAUCUCUAGAAUCAGUAUUAUGAUUUUACUUUCUCUAUACUUCUUUGUCUACUGCACCGAAACUUGGAAACUAUUUUAUAUAGGCCUCUACAUUUUCCAAGUCUUCAUUGUCUUCUCUUUAGAUAUUUACAUGACUGGCUUUUCUCCCUUUUUUAUUCUUUUUAACAGUAAGCAUUUUUUUUUUUUUUUGCAUAUAUUGAAAUGUAAACAUUUUUUUUUAGAAAGUGUAAUUGUUUAAAAAGCAAAAAAUGUUAAUACUUUAUGUCUAAAUGUGGAGUAAUUAUUAAAAGAAAUACAUGAGCUCAGAUUUCUUCGCAAUAAUUUCCACAACUUAUUAACAACUCAAAUAGGCCUACAUCUAUAUUUUUGUAACUGAUAUUUUUUCCAUUUAAAAAGUUUCUUUAUUAUAAAUAAAUAGAGCGUUAUAUAUCAGUGUCCUUCUUUACAUUUGAAACAAUCUCUAGACUGUAUAUACUUUUGUUCAUAAUUAUCCAGUUUAAAAAAAAAAGCAACAACUUAUCUUUUCAUUUGAAUUGCUGACUAACCCAAUAGCCAUAAGCAUUCCAAGCCUUGUUAUACAUUUAUCUCUAUUUAAUAUUAUUAAUUGGUUUUCAUUUUGCAUAUUAAUUGCCAUACUCUCUAUUGUGAUAAUGUACUCAUCAUGUUACUUAAACUUAUAUAUAAACAGUAUUACGUAAGUCGUUCAAGUGGAAACAAAAAUAACAAUGGACUCAAAAUUCGUACGGAUCUAUCCUCAAGUUUAUUUUGCAACAAUAUUGUGUUACACUGGAAUUAGGUUUAUGCACGAUAUGUUUUGUACAAUUUAUCAAAGGACGAGGCUAUCUAUUCAAAAGCAAAGCAGCGAGCUUGGAAUUCUUAACUUAAACUGAACAAAAAAUAGAUCUAGCUCCCCCCUACUUGAAGACAGAAAAUCCAUUUUGGUUAAAAGUAAACACUUAUUUGUGUUGAUAUACCCCAAAUUUUUUUUAUCCAACAUGGCGACAACGUGCAUUAUCCUAAUGACUAUCUGUCUACAUCAUGUUCAGAAUAAACAGGGAUAUUGCCUUAGAGUUCUCAGUCCAUUGUGUACCUAGGUAUUACGUCAUUGAAAUGUGAGAUGAUUUCGUGGGUUGUUUCUUGAUCUAAGUACAUCAGCUUUAAAGAGCCCAGUCAUGAGCCCAGUAUUGGAAUUCUUCUGUUUUGGAGAGCAAAGUUCUAUGAUAAGCAUGGAGAUCCAUCAAGGUUAAUGUUAUGCAAGAACUGCUGUGUCAAUGUGUGGCAAGGCUUAGAGAGUAUGUAGAUCUUUGUAAAACAUGCAAUUAUUGAAUCCUUUGAAUGUGUAUAAAUAUGACAUCAUCUUGAAUGUAUUAUCGGUAUAGUUAGUAAGAGAGACUGUAUUUGUGUUUGAUAGAGAGAGAGAGAAUGUCCCAUUUCUUGCCACACAUGGUACACGAAUUAGUUUUAAGCUCCAAAAUGGAUACAUUCGAACAUAACAAAAUUUCAUUUAAAGAGUUUUUUGUCUAAUCAAUAUAUUUCUAAGACAUUAAAAUCACAUCAAAAUCUCUCA